AUGUCUUCUGCUUGUGCAACGGCUCUAGCAGCCUGCAUUUCAAGCCCAAACUGUCCCAGCAGUCUCAGCCACAUACCCAUUUGGAGAAGCUCUUCUCUAAGAGCACCACCACCUUCUCUCAGUGACAUCUCCUUCAAAAUCCCAUGUGGGUCUUUCAAGCGAAGCUCGAGCCUCACUGGAUUCAGAACCCUCUCUCCUGUUAUGCAAUGGCAGGACUGCACAGUGAAGAUGGAAAUUGAUGUGCCAAUUUCAGUUGCUUAUGAUUGCUACUCUGAUCGUGAGGCAAUUCCCCGUUGGAUGCCCUUUAUUUCAACUGUGAAGAUAUUGGAAGACAAGCCUGACCUAUCACGAUGGUCACUUAAGUAUAAAGCUUUUGGCCGUGAUAUUGAGUUCUCAUGGCUUGCUCGAAAUAUGCAGCCUAUACCGAAUCAGAAAAUCCACUGGAGAUCUCUGGAAGGUCUUCCUAACAGAGGUGCUGUCCGGUUUUAUCCAAAAGGUCCUUCAUCAUGCCUAGUAGAACUAACCGUGUCUUAUGAAGUUCCUCCAAUCCUGGCUCCAGUUGCAUCAGCACUGCAACCUUUUCUUGAAAGUUUACUUGGACGUGGCUUGGAAAGGUUUGCAACAUUUUCAAAAAGCUACAAAUCAGACUCGACGGUAUAA